AUGAGCACGAGUGUUAAUUUAGGUCAUGAUCCUACCGGUAAGAGUGUUGAUAAGACAUUGUAUAGAAGUAUGAUAGGUAGUUUACUCUAUAUUACUUCCAGUAGACCUGACAUAGCAUUCAGGGUUGGAGUGUGUGUGAGAUUACAGGUUGAUCCUAAGGAAAAUCAUUUGAGUGCAAUGAGGCACAUCAUUAGGUAUGUAGAUCGAACCGUAGAUCAUGGAAUCUUGUAUCCUAGAGACUCGAAUCAUGAUUUGGCCAUCUACUCCGAUGUCCAUUGGGCUGAAAAUGUCAACGAUAGAAAGAGUGCCUCGGGUGAUUGUUUCUAUGUUGGUUCUAAUCUUGUGCCAUGGAUGAAUAAGAAACAAAACUUAGACUCUUUAUCCAUGAUCGAGGCUGAAUACAUUGUAGCCGAUAGCUGUUGCACUCAGUUGCUUUGGAUAAAGCAAAUGUUGAAUGAUUAUGAGAUAAAUUAG